CGAUGUAACUGGUAUUCAACAGUAGACCCACGCGCUUCAAUCUCGUAGCUACCCGUAGCUUUUUAGGUGAGAGACUACUAAAAAAUGAGAGAAUUUCAAACGCCAACAAGAUGAAGAAAGUGGUUACUGCAGAACAAAUUUCGAAGUGGUUCACCUCGGGGACGGCGUUUGCUAACAUUAAACUCACAGAAAAAGCGGUUGAAAGAAAGUCCGAUGAAGCGUCGUCGAAAGACUCCAGCCAAUCAGACGUUCCUGAAGAGGGCAGCCUAAAAAAUGUGAACUCUGAUGGAGGUUGGUUUAAAACACCAGAAUGUGGAGGGAGUCCUGCUCCUCCACUUGCCAACUACGAGUCCCCCAGCUUGCCCGUCACCAAAAACAGAGAGCAGCUGAUUUCCUUCAUAGAAAACAACUCUGUAGUGAUCAUUCAAGGAGCCACAGGCAGUGGCAAGACCACCCAGGUGCCACAGUACAUUCUGGACCACUACAAUGAGAAAAACUCCUCGUGCAACAUUGUGGUCACCCAACCACGCAAAAUUGGGGCCUCCAGUGUUGCCCGAUGGGUUGCCACCCAGCGGAAGUGUACCCUGGGUAGUCUGGUGGGAUAUCAGGUUGGACUGGAAAAGAUGGCUACUGAGCACACACGGCUCAUCUACAUGACUCAAGGAGUGCUGCUGCAAAAACUGGUUUCAGCGAAGUCCCUCACAGAGUACUCCCACAUUUUCGUCGAUGAGGUUCAUGAGCGUACGGAGGACAUGGACUUUCUCCUGCUGGUUUUGAAAAAACUUCUUCACUCCAACUCGUGUUAUGUCAAGAUCAUCCUCAUGUCAGCCACCAUUGACACCAAACAGUUUGCCGAGUACUUCGGCACCCCAUUUCAUGGCAAAAUGAUCCCUGCCUAUGUGUUUGAAGUGGAGGGGACACCGUAUGCCAUUGAGGAGUUUUACCUGGAUGACCUCCAAACACCGUUUACAAGCAGGACUGAGCUGCUUCAUCUAGAUGACCCUCGCAUUUCAGUGGAGAUGUACAAUGUCGCCAUCAGUCUCAUCCAGAGCUUUGAUGAGCUGGAGGGCAAAGAUUCCAGCAAAGCAGAAACAGACGGUGGCAUGACUUUCUCAGAGCGGGGCAGUGUGCUGGUUUUCCUUCCUGGUAUAAACGAGAUAAACUACAUGCAGGAGGCCUUGGCCAAGCUGGUCAACAAAAGAUUGCAGGUUUAUCCUCUCCACUCCUCUGUGACUCUGGAGGAACAGAAUGGUGUGUUUCUGUUCCCUGUCCCCGGAUACAGGAAGGUCAUCCUUUCCACCAACAUCGCUGAGAGUUCGGUGACUGUUCCAGACGUCAAAUAUGUGAUUGAUUUCUGCCUCGCCCGUCACAUGGUCUGUGAUCGAGAUACCAAUUAUCAGUCUCUGCGUCUCACCUGGGCAUCCAAAACCAACUGCAACCAGCGUCGCGGAAGGGCAGGUCGGGUUUCUAAGGGCUACUGUUACCGCCUUGUUACCAAAGAGUUCUGGAGGAAUGACAUCCGAGACUACAUGAUCCCCGAGAUGCUGCUUGCCCCGCUGGCCACCAUCCUGCUGAAGGUUAAGCUGCUGGAUAUGGGAGACCCCCGCUCUAUCCUUUCCACGGCCCUCUCACCCCCCAACCUUAGUGACAUAGUGAGGACAGUGCUCCAACUCAAAGAAAUGGGUGCACUGUCUGCCAAAAGUGAUGGCAGGGGUCACAGUGACGACGGCGAGCUGACGUUCCUGGGCCGAGUGCUGGCCCACCUACCCGUCAACGUGUGCCUGGGGAAGAUGAUCGUCCUGGGCCACAUCUUUGGCUGCCUGGACGAGUGCCUCAUCAUAGCUGCCUCGCACUCUCUGAAGAGUUUCUUUGCCAUACCAUCCAUGCAGCAGCUUGCUGGCCACAGGAGCAAGCUGGCCUUUGCCCGUGGCACACCAAGUGAUUCCAUAGGUUUUGUCAACGCCUUCAAGGCAUGGCACCUAUCCAGAAAGAAAGGACAGCUGAGACACCCAAAGGAUGAGUUGGACUGGGGAAAAGAGAACUUCAUUCAGAUCAAGAGGAUCAGGGAGGUUGCAGAGCUGUACGAGGACCUGAAGAAGCGUGUGUCCCAGUUCAACAUGCAUGUGCCGGAGAGCAUCCCCUCCUUGGAUUACACCAGCGCACACAGGCAGAAGUUCCUUCUUCAGGUGGUCAUUGCUGGUGCCCACUACCCCAACUACUUUGUCCAGGGAGACAUAGAUGAAGACCUGGCCAUCAGGGAGUUGAGUGGCUAUAACCCCAGAACAACAGUGAUGCUGAGGAACCUCCCUCCAUACCCAUUCCUGUACUACAAGCAGCUGCAGUCUCUGUUCCGUCUGUGUGGACAGGUCAAAGCCAUUUCCUUUGAGAGCUCCAGAGCAUAUGUGGAGUUCUACAGGACAACCCACGAUGCGGGGGUGGUGCCUGAGGUGUCUCUCGCCCUCCUCCUGGCACAGCAUCAGGCUCCUAUGGACCUGACUGUCUUCCCCAUCGAGCAGAUACAAUCCUUUCCUGGGUGUAAACACAUUACUAGCUUGAAAUAUUCACGGGUGAAUGUCGACUUCCAGAGCCAGUCUGUCAGCCCAGUGGGCCUGGUGAGCAAGGUGAUUGACCCAGACAAGCUACCCCCCAACCUCUUGUUUGUGGUCAACAUCACAGAGGUGGUGGAGGUCGGCCAUUUCUGGGGCUUCCGAGGAGACGAAGCCAGCUUGGAGAAGCAGCGCCAUCUGACAGCGGAGAUAAACUCCUGUACGCUGCACCCUGUAACCGUGUCGCUCUACCCCAACCUACUGUGUCUGGCUCCUUACUCUGAGAUCAACGAGCAGAACAUGUACUACCGCGCCAAGAUCCUGCACAUGCGUGGCAAUACGGUGGAGGUGGUCUUCUUGGACUUCGGCAACACCGCGGUUGUCUCCUGCAGCAGCCUCAGGGAGCUCCCGUCUGACUUCCUGUCUCACCCAUUCCAGGCGGAGGAGUUCCAAGUUAUUGGAAUGCAUCCGUCAGCCAAGUCUAUCAUCCUAGGGAACCAGUGGAGCAGCCAAGCCCGCGAUCGGUUCAUGACACUUGUGAAGGGCCAUUCACUCAUCGUGUCGCUGUACUCAAUCCUCCAUGGUGUCACUCGUGUGCAGCUGCUCAGCAACACAGAGACGACCAACACCAGUGUGUUGGACAUUAUGGUGGAAGGCGAACAUGCUGUGAAGACCGAAGAGAGCUUAGAUUCCAAGCAAAACCAUGAAUCUCUGAUGUCCCUGUACAAGGACAUGGAAAGCGGUACAUAUGUCUCCAACGCUGCCAGCAGCUCCUGGAAAGAACGCAAGAAAGAGGAGAAGCAGCUCGUUGACGACCUACUCGCCCACUUUUCCAAAAGCCGCCAGUCCCAAUCCAAGACGAAGGUUCCUCUGCAUGGACCAUACAGUCCUUAUAAGGUCAACUUCCACACCUUGACCAACAAGACCUCCUACAAGACAGUGUGUAUCGAGAGAUCCAGCAUCAACUCCUUGGCCCUGAAUGAAAACCCUCAAAACAAACAUCAGAGGAUGCUGGUGGCUGGGAGUGUGUCAGUCAACUCCACAGGGGACCGUAUUCUACUGAAAGACACCUCCAUCAUGCCAGACAUCCCUGGACUGCCUGCACUUCUAACCAUGCUCUUCACCCCCAUCAUGGAGUUACGCACCAAUGAAGCGAGGACGUGCUACACUGGCGCCCUCUGUGGCUUGGGCUGGAACAGUCAAACACAGCAGGGCAUCCUCCCCGAGCAUGACAUCGAACUCACCUUUGACGUCAAAGUUGACGUAGAAGACAUAAUUGAGAUAAACGCCCUGCGAGGGGCUAUAAACCGUCUGGUGUGUGAAGGGCCCAAUGGGACGCUGCAUCUGGGGCGCGAGAGGAUAAGCCGACUGCAGGACGACUGCAGGGACCGCCUCACCAGGCUUUUCACCAAGUCACCGCCAAGGGAAGCUGAUACUCAAGUGUACUACGAGAAAACUGAGAAAUGGAACCAGGUGGAUCCUGCUCUGAGGAUGGAUGUUGUAGAGCCGAGUGAAGGAAGGGCCAGAGGCGUUCUCUUCCAGCUGCAUCCCGUCACCCUCCUCAACUGCUAAAAUCAGCCGUGCUUCUUGCAUUUGUGUUCAAUUGGAACAGAUUGUAAUGUUCUAUAAGCAGUUUUGAUUGCUUAAUUUUUUAUUUAUUUAUGUUUAGAGGAGUAUACUUUUUAAGUUCAAAUGGGUCUGUAGCAUUCAACAGUACAGCAAUAUCCUCACUCCUUACUUUAUUGUUUGCAGCUGCCGCUGGAGUCGUUAUUCCGUUUAAAUAUGUUGCUGCUAAUAAGAAAUGUAAAAGUUCAUUGAUGAGAAUCACGCUGUACAGCUCUGUGUAACAGCGCUUCAGCAGUGGGACAUUAAAAAUAGUUGUUGGCAACAGAUGAGGCUUGUCAAUCAGUCUUCAUUCAAACAAAGUGUCAUUGUGACCCG